AUGGUCAAAAUCGCUGGAAAAUGUAUGCCAGGCACGAUACCCAAUAAAGCGAGGCUCCCACAGGCUUUUGUAUCUCAUCCGUUUAGCAAUGAUCCUCUUGAAGAAGAGCGAAUAUUUUUUGAUGAGAAAGAGGUUACCAUUCCUUAUGGGCUGCCUCCAAACAUUUCGUGGCUCUUUCUGAGAUGCGACUUCUCACUUUUGAGCACCUUGGGAGCUUUUGCAGGUUCGCGUCACAUAGAUGGAGAACAUGGAUGGCAUAAACAUCGAUUUGACAUUACGCUUGAGAAGAGGUCAUUCAAGCCAAAUACAGUUGGUAGAUCUUCGCAUAGAAUGGUCCUGAUUUCAACCCAAAACGAAUGA